AUGGACGACCAGAAGCAGCUGUUUCUGUUUGCAUUCCCGAUACCGCUUAAUGAGGAUCGCUUAAUCGAUCGAAUCAAAGAAGCAUCGAGUGCUCGCAACCAACAUGGAGCCGUAACAACUGUGGCACUUGCCAGCGUCGAUGCGAACAGUAUUGUGCAAUGUGGUCGUGUUGCGCGAUUGAAGUAUACGCUGACAACAGCACCAAAGGAGGAUGGCAGUGGCGGCAGCGACGAUAAAAGCUGUGGUGGACCGGGCGGAAAUGCAGGCGGAGGAAGUGGUGGCCCAGGUGGAACUGCUGCUACUGCUGCUGCAGCAGCAGGUGCUAGUGGAGGUGGUAGCGGUGGCUCAGGCAAUCAACCAGGAGGGGUGCUGAGUCGUGGCGCAAAAAUCAGACGGGUAAUGAUGACGGCACGAAGGACGGGCGAACGUGCCGGUGUGAUCGUGGACCGAAGUAGGCCGCUGGUGCCGGCCAGUGCCAUCCCCGAAGAUCUCAUUGCUCAAGCCCAGGUUGUUUUACAAGGUAAAUCACGGGACGUUAUUGUACGCGAGCUUCAGCGAACGAAUUUGAAUGUGAAUGAAGCCGUGAACAAUCUGCUUAGCCGGGAUGAUGAAGAAGGC